CAAAUAAAAUUUAUAGAUAUUGUUGUAUAUUAUAGUUCUUACCUAAUUUCUGUCUACUCAUUUGUCUCCUUAUGGUAUCUUCCCCUCUCUGUCUGUCACACGCUCUCUCUCUCUCUCUCUAUCCGAAGUUUAUAAGGUUUCUUACAUUUUACAUGGUAAAAGCUAAAAGGGUACUAUUGUUUUUUUUUUCUUCUUUUUUAUGUUACUGAUGUUUAUCCCCAGUUGUUAUUGUAGUUUCAUAAUGAGGAAUCAUCACUGAUGAAUCAGCUAAUCAUCUUGAUCUUCUUGUUUUGAUUGGACCCGGAUGGAUUUCUAGUCUUUGUCACCUUCAUUUCUUAUUAUUUGGUUCGUUAAUAUCUUUUGACCAAAAUACGGAGUGGCGAUGGAGGUUGUAGUAUUUCUUUACUUGGGUAGUGAAUUUUUUGGGUGUUUAAUUUGAUUUGAUUUUGGGGUUUGACAUAUUUGGUAGUUGAGUUGUUGGGGAACAAGGGAAAGUUGUUGCCUUUUUUGGAAAAAAAUGGGAUCUUGCUACUCCAGGAGGAUAGAUGAGAGUGGUGAAGGGGAGCAAACUACUGCCACAUCAGCAGCUUCUCCUAAGAGGCAUAAGUGGAAGAAGAAAACAGCAGGAGGAGGACGCGGUGAUGAAAGUUUGUUAAACCACAUUCCUGGCAGGAUGUCCAUGAACGGUUCAUCCAAGAUUGCUUGCUUAUACACCCAGCAGGGAAAGAAAGGCACUAAUCAAGAUGCCAUGCUUGUUUGGGAGAGUUUCAGCUCAAGAAGCGAUACAGUUUUUUGUGGGGUAUUUGAUGGUCAUGGUCCUUAUGGUCAUAUGGUUGCCAAGAAAGUCCGGGAUUCUCUUCCACUCGUACUAUGUACACAGUGGAAAGAUGGUUCCAAUGAUGAAAACAGCAGUCUUCCUAAGACUGAAAACACUCCUGAAAGCACAAAUUCUGAGGAAACUGCAUCUGCAAGCGUGGAUGAUGAGUCACAUGAUUUUUUGGAGGUUGAGCAAAACAAAAAAUUUCCAGAGAUGUACCAACCACUUAAAAAGUCAAUCAUGAAGGCUUUCAAGAUGAUGGAUAAGGAACUAAAAUUGCAUCCAACAAUUGAUUGCUUCUGCAGUGGAUCAACAGCUGUUACUUUGAUAAAGCAGGGCCAGGAUCUUAUAAUUGGAAACCUUGGCGAUUCCAGAGCAGUUCUAGCUACCAGAAAUGAGGACAAUUCUUUGCAUGCUGUACAAUUGACUAUAGACUUGAAGCCUGAUCUACCAAGGGAAUCUGCCAGGAUUCAUCAAUGUAAAGGAAGGGUCUUUGCAUUGAAGGAUGAGCCAGAGGUUGCACGUGUAUGGUUGCCUAAUAACGACUCUCCAGGCCUGGCAAUGGCAAGAGCUUUUGGGGAUUUCUGCCUUAAGGAUUUUGGUUUAAUCUCUGUCCCAGAUGUUUAUUACCAUCAUCUUAUCAAGGGGGAUGAAUUCAUUAUUCUUGCCACUGAUGGGGUUUGGGAUGUCCUAUCAAAUAAGGAAGCUGUUGAUAUUGUGGCCUCAGCCCCUGGUCGUGCAACAGCAGCCAGAGCUCUAGUAGACUGUGCAGUUCGAGCGUGGAGGCUUAAGUAUCCUACUUCCAAGAAUGAUGAUUGUGCUGUUGUGUGCCUCUUUCUUGAUCAUGCAUGUGAAGCAAAUGGGGAGGUGGAAGACUCAGAGGUGAAAAUGAUUCCUGAGGAGUCAGUGGAGAGUGCGGUGAUAAGAAAUGGAAAUUCUGAAGAAUUAAAAAACCAUGAUAAUUCUCAUCCUCUUGUUCUUAGUCAUUCAGAUACCGUGCGAGGCUCUGAUGAGAUUGUACCGAUCUCUGAGUUGACGGAGGAAAACCUUUCUUUGAAGAGCCACAGCCAGUCAAAGAGGAGCCUAGCUGAGUGCAUUUCAACUGCAGAGGACGAGGAGUGGUCAGCCUUAGAAGGCAUUACACGGGUUAACAGUCUACUAAGCAUUCCUAGGUUGUUAUCAGGGGAUAGAAGAUCAGCCAGUUGGAGGAAGUGGUUAUGAAAUGUCUGAACGGUUAUCGGGCAGCACUUCAUGGUUUGCGUGGAUCUCCUUUUGCAUUCAAAAGUCGCACCGUCUUGAGGAACUGAAGUGAUGAAAUUCUUGACGUUGAACAUGCUGGCUGCAAAAUGAACUGUAUAGACAAGCAUAUCAGCAGCCCAGGCAUAUCCUAAGGCUGGAGUUUUGAUGAGGUUGGGGUUUAUAUCCUACUGAAAACAGGUAGCCUCACAGGUUUUGUUGGUGGAAUAUGGAUUGUAAAAUCAAAACGAUUGUUGCCCAAAAAUAUCAAAUUUGUGGUUAGUACUUUAUUUCUUUCAUUUAAUUCUUAAAUAAAAGUUUUGCCUUGAAAACA